CCCAGGGCGGGAGGGGCGCGCCAAUGCCGGGGCCGGCCGCACUGAGCGCGGCGGCGGCCGCGCUGGUGGCUGCCCUGCUCCUGCUGCGGCGCGAGGACGCGGGGCCGGGGCCUGGCCCCAGCAUGGACCAAACAGAGGCGUUGCCAAAGCUUCGGGAAGACUUCAGGAUGCAGAAUAAAUCCGCCUUUAUUCUGGGCGCCAGCGGAGAAACUGGCAGGGUGCUCUUAAAAGAAAUGCUGGAGCAGAGCUUGUUUUCCAAAGUCACGCUCAUUGGCCGGAGAAAACUCACCUUCCACGAGGAGGCUUAUAAAAAUGUGAUUCAAGAAGUGGUGGACUUUGAAAAGUUGGAUGACUACGCUUCUGCCUUUCAAGGUCACGAUGUUGGAUUCUGUUGCCUGGGUACCACCAGAAGUAAAGCCGGGGCGGAGGGAUUUGUUCGCGUUGACCGAGAUUAUGUGCUGAAGUCUGCAGAGCUGGCAAAAGCUGGAGGGUGUAAACAUUUCAACUUACUGUCCUCUAAAGGAGCUGAUAAGUCGAGCAAUUUUUUAUACCUACAAGUUAAGGGAGAAGUGGAAGCCAGGGUUGAAGAAUUAAAAUUUGAUCGUUACUCAGUAUUUAGGCCUGGAGUUCUAUUAUGUGAUAGGCAAGAAUUUCGCCCAGGUGAAUGGUUGGUUAGAAAGUUCUUUGGCUCCCUACCAAAAUCUUGGGCCAGGGGGCACUCUGUGCCUGUGGAGACAGUGGUUAGAGUGAUGCUGAACAACGCCGUGAGGCCAAGCAACGAGAAAAUGGAACUUCUGGAUAACACAGCCAUCCACAAUCUGGGGAAAGCUGACAGCUCCCUCAAGCCAUGACCACGCUGGAGUAACGCUUUUAUUGUAAACCUUAACACCCAUCACCAAAUUGGUAAUUUCAGGGUCUAAAAAAAUUCAGCAUACUGUAACUUCAUUGUUUCCCUCUUCUCAGCCACUCAGAUCCAAUCAAGAAAUGACUGUGCCUGUGUCGGUGGUUCAGAGCCUGGUUAUAUAUACAGAUCGCCCAGGAACUUUGAGAAAUGCAGAUCUGUAGGCCCUACCUCAAACCUUCUGAAUCAGAACUUUUAGACUGUGGGCACAGGCAUCUGUAGUUUUCUUUUGUUUAAGCUCACCCUGGUUGUUCUGAUGCCACUAAUUGGGAGGCCAGCUUUGAAAUGCUUGUCUGCAGAGUCACAGCAGCAGUGAAAACCUUCUGUACUUUGCAAAUGAGCUCUGUUCUAAAAUUGUUGACAUUCAUAUCUCUGAGUGACACAGAUGCUAAUUAACUACAUGUAAUUGUGUCAACGAACACUAUGCCUUUACUACUUCUUUAGAAUAUAUAAUAAAAGUUAUAUAACUAAGUUUAUAUAAUUCAUGGGGAGAAUUAAAUAAAGGAAUAAAAAUAAAUGAACAAAUCCUAGGUACCUCUUAUAUUGUUCAAAUGCCCAUGUAUUAGUGGUGAUGUGCAGCAUUUGGGCCACUGGGGUGAUAUAACAGCAGCUAAUAUUUAUCAAGUGCUUGCUAAGUACCAGUCUUUACAUGUGUUAUCUGUGCUUUAACCCUCCAAACCAUCCUUACAGAGUGUGAUAGUUAUCAUCAUCUUUUUAUCUUAGAUUGGGAAACCGAGGCUUACUGUGGGUAAGUGCCUUGCCCAAGGAUCCAAAGCUGAAGACCUACAGCUAAGAAAUGGCAGAGUCAGGAUUCUAACCUAGGUCAGCCUGAUCACAUAGCUUGUAUUUUUGAACCACCCUGUAAGAGCACCAGGUAUGCCGUAUAUUUCCAGGUAGUUCCAGUUAAUUGUUAGUACGUGUUGUGGAUGAAUACACUUGAAAUUGUUGGACUUCUCCUUUGGUCUAGGAUCCUUAUGAUUAACCACAAAAUGUGCACAUAGCCAUUAAAAUUUGAUGUCACUAGA